UUACCGAGUAGUUACGAUUGAGUUCUUGAUUUUAUAAUGGCGAACCCCAUGUUGGAAAACCGCACGGGGCUGUAAUGUCGCUUGAAAGGGGGCCCAAAGAAAAUGGCUGCGCCCAUGGGCAAAAACACGUCCAUGACUCUGAAAAUACACUGACUCUUAAUGGCCAGUAUUUAACCACAGAAUCUCUCGCAGAUUGUGAAAGUUCAGUUGCGGAUAGGUUAGUGAACCAAGAUGGCGUCACAAAGACAGACACAGAUGACAAUAGUAUCUGCGAAAACUUACCCUUUCUCCCUGAGCUUGGGACAGAUUGUUUAGAUAGUUAUGAAAAUGCAGUUGUUGAAAAUAAUGCCGAAUGGUUGAAGGCACGCUGUAAGAAUUUUGGCCAUUUGGAAUUCGACAUAACACAGCAGUCUGCCGUGGAAGAAGGCAUCGAAUUUCCUGUAAUAGUUCAGACCGAUGGAUUGGUUUCCUCUUCAGCAAGCCAGAGUAGUCGACCGAUCACUACGAAUACUUCUCAAGGUGCACAGUACGCGACACCAUAUUUGACUUUAUCGGGAAACAACAUAGCUGUUGCUGAUACUUCAUGGCAAACAGUUGAACCACUUCCGUCUAGCGCAGUUAUUGAUAGUCGAACAGGUGUCAUAGAAAAUGAUGGCGUUCAAAAACAGCAGAUUAUAUCUUUUGGUAAUAGUGAAAUAAAUCUUGGUGAAUUAGAUAUAAAUAGUCUCAAGGCAAAUUCCAAUAUAACAAUCCAAGAUGGUGUGAUAACGAUCAUAGAAAACUCAGAUCAAGAUACAAGUGAACUAGAAGAUGUCUCAAACCAGCAUUUGAUAGAUAAUUCAUUUAAUAACGCUAGCGUCUUAAAUGGAGGCCAAUUGUGUACUGUUAAGCCAAGUAUGGAAACUGUUAUUUUAGACACUAAUAAUGUAGCACCAGCACAAACUGUAUCAGAAAGUUUAGCACUGACAACAAUUUCAAUAGCUACAGAUAAUAUAAGUAAUUCUACAAAGAUAUUAGUGGACACUAGUCAAGGGCGUCAGCUCUAUCAUCUGAAUAUAUCAGACUUAAAGAAACUGCAAAAUGCAGGUACCCCAGUCUCAAAUUCCAGUUCAAGCGAUUCGACUACAAAUCUCCCAUCAUGUGUUCCAAGUUAUAUCCUGCUAGCAAAUCCAGCAAAGGACAAAGAAGACCUGAAAGAGACGACAGUCAUACAACCUCAGGACCUGGGUCAGCCAACAAUCAUAGAAGCCAGUGGCAGCAAAUCAAAGACACAGACGGUUUACCUGUGCAGCGUUCAAGACUGUGGGAAAAUGUUCAAGAACCUUGCUAAACUCAAUGUUCAUGCCAUGACUCACAAUGGUGACAGACCUUUCAAGUGUCCAGAGCCAGGCUGUGAAUGGUCUUUUACCAAGAACUACAAACUGAAGCGGCAUAUAGAAUCUCAUAUUGGAAACAAGGAAUAUGAGUGUGGCGAGUGUAAGAAGAAAUUUACAACCAUAUACAACCUGAAGACGCAUUUAAAGACCCAUGAUCGGCCAUGCACGGAAGAAUGUCUUGUUGAGGGGUGUGGUCGGCGAUUUCAAACACGCAGGGAGCUUGAUAAACACAUGAGAACACAUGAGGGCAUAGAAAAGACAUACAAAUGCCCCCACGAGGGUUGUAACAAGCUGUUCCUGACCCCAUACUGUCUGGGCUCGCACCGCCGUGUCCAUCAGCUGGAACCCCAGUCGCUCAUCUGUAACUUUGAGGGCUGUGGACGCCAGUUUGAUAAGAUGUGCAGACUUAGGCAACACCAGCGCACGCAUACAGGGGAGAAACCGUAUACCUGUACUCAACCUGGAUGUACCUGGGCAUUCUCGACAGCCAGCAAGCUGACACGCCACAUGACAAAACACACAAACAGCAGAAAGUGGAUCUGUAAUGUAUGUGGGAAAGCGUUCAUGCGGUCGGAACAUCUCAAGGGUCACAUGAUUAUUCACACUGGCAUCAAACCUUUCACCUGUCCAGUUGAAGACUGUGGCCAAAAGUUUGUUUCCAAGAGUAGCGUUUAUGUUCACAUGAAACGGCACAAGCGGGAAUCAAAACGGUAUGACGACAAUGGAGAACGCAUAAUCGAAUACCACUGCCCAAUGGAGCAAUGUGGAUUGUGUUUUGACAACAAGGCGAAAUUGCGGGCACACAUUCUGAAGCACUUUCCUGGAACUGCCAGGCCAGAAGAUGCGGCGUCCAUUGACGUCAUUCCACUGUUGCAUCAUGGGAUUGGUGCUAAGCAGACUGUAGUUCAGCCCGCAGCUGUUGACGUGAAAGCUUCUAAAGAUGGUUUCAUGACAUUGGAUGCUGUAGAGUUCAUGGCCACAACAGUGGACAGUACUGAUGGUUCAGUGGCUGUAACUCACUACACCAAACCUAAAAAGGAGCCCGAGUCCAAGUGUGACACAACAGAGUCUCGCAGCAAGCAGGGAAAAACUCAGAAAAUAUUUUCAAAGAAAGAACCGGGAGAGAAAGAUCGUCAGGGUUCUGCCCGUACAGAUUACAACAGCAACCAUAAUCUGGUCGAGAAGGCGAAGAAACGGCAGAGGCUACUCCGGGAAAAAGCUGGAAUUGAUGAAAGUUCAGAGCCCCAGGCCAUGGACAUGUCACCUACGGAGAAUGGAGCUAGCAGUGAGGACUCUGAGAGACUGCGAUCACAUGGCAUAACAUUCCGCGACCCUGAGACUGGCGUGCUCUAUGUACAGAUGCAGCUCUUACAGGAUGACCCGCCCCACCCUGACCUGUACUCUGAUGAUUCAAGUCUCACCCCCCAGCUCGAUAUGCCCACCAUACAUGACUCGCACACCUCCGAGUUUGUUGGAUCUACAAUCAAUUUACAGGACCUCGUUGGAUGAUGUGUUGUGUUUUUUUUUUAAUUAAAAUUUAUAUGCUUCGUUGUGAUAUAAACUCACACAUACCACACUUUCGAAUUUGUUGGAUUUACCAUCAAUCUUAUUAUCAUAUAUAUCAGGACCUUGUCAGAUUAUAUGGAGUAAGAAUUGCACCUCAAUGGUGCACAGGGCUAUUUAAAAGCUUCCUAAUAAUUGAUAUGCAGACAUUCAAAUUUGUUACAGACACUAUUUAACCUUGAAGGGUGCAGGUAUGAUACAUAUUUUUGGUUUGCUAAGCUAGAUAGGCCUCAUUCAAAAUGAUAUUCAUUUGAAGCUUGUCUAUCUAAAAAGUUGAGGUUUUGUCAUAGCCUUGGCGGUGUUGUCAUUGCUGGCAUGCAAAAACUUUAAACCUUGGCCAUAACUCAAAAAAAGUUCAUGAUUCUUAAAUGAAAAGUGGAACACAUAUUGUUAAUUUGUUAGAGAUGAUAUGUUCAGCAAGGCCCAUAACUCUGGUUUCAAUAAUUGUUGAGUGUUUCAACAGAAGACAGCAGACAAACUCUGGUUCAGGAAUUAUAUAAGUUGAGAUUUUGUUUGGAGGCUAAGUGCCAAAAUAUGUAAUAACAUUAUGUAUUAAAAUUGUAUCAACAUUGUUGUAUCUUUUUGGUGGAUGCUUAAUGGUGCUUUAUAAAAUACAGAAGGAGAACAUAGAUUAGGUGGUAAUAUUGCCAGUAUUAAUUGUAAUUCUGUGAUCAUAGCUCAUUUGUAGACCCAUGUGUUCAUUCCAUACAGGUAUUUUGUAACUGGUUCGGCAAAUGUUUUAACUGGCCACAGUUCUUAUCUGUUUAUUAUAUUUGAUUCUCUUUUAUGUGGAAAAAAAUAAGUUGGUAUAGAAAAUUAGAUUGUAAACGAUAAAUGAUAAACCAUAAAUGGUGCUAUUGUGUUAUUGAGUAUUCAAUAAGUACAAUUAUAAAUCCAUUUAAUCCAAUUGAAGCAUAAAUUUACUUCUAUCUAGUUAUGGUCUUUAACAAAAGUGUUUAUUUUUCUGAAGAUUCAAUUUAAAUUAAAGUCAAUAGUAUCGUUACAAUGUUUAAAUAUUUUUUGUUGUUGUCACGUGAAUGAUCUUGGAUGUCAAAUAUCAAAGGUUAAUCAUGGUUACUUGUGUAAAACAGUUGAUAUGAUGUCAGAAAAUUGCUCUCAGUUGUAGUGUCAUUGAGUAAUUCCAAGUACAAAACAGAAUGUCCAGAGCAUUGUGUAAACUAAUGAAAGUUUUGUAUGUAUAUUGCAAUUAAUGAUACUUUAAAGAAUUAUUGUUUCCGAAUUAUUGUUUCAUCGAUAUUUUUUAAAACAGGAUUUUAGAUGAAAGCAGCAGCUUACAAACAUGUACGGUACUUGUUAUUCAGUUUUUACAUUGUGAAUACAUUUAGAUGCUUUUUGUUGUUUUGUUACAAAUGUGCUGCUGCUGUUGUUAUAGUUUUGUGAUAUAAGUGUAAGACAAAUGAAACAAUAAAUUGAUUAAAAAUAA